AAUUUUGUUCUUUAGCAAUGGCAUCACUUGCGAAUAAAAUUUAUUAUGACUGUUUGUUUUUUUAUGUAAUUAUUUUGUAAUCAGUGUUAUAAUAUGAUUGGCCAAAACAUGUUAAAGUUUGCUGGAAAUUUUCGUCGGAUUGAUUUUCUACAUUUGCCCCAGAAAGCAAACGUUCAGUCGUUCCCCCAGGUGCUGCUGGCCACCCGUGCCGCGAGUGGGGACCCGGUCAGACCCACGCUGCAGCCCAAGGCGAGGUAUUCCAGGACCUCCGCCCCUCGGGAGCCUCCGGACCAGAAGAAGAGCUACACCAAGCUCCUGCUAGGAGGAGCCACCGUCUUGCUGGCGAGUCUCGCAGCGAUUUAUUGGUUGGAUCUGCUCCCGAAGAAAGACGGCAAGCACCCUGUUGCCGAUGGCGAACAUCCUCAGAAAAGAAGAAAGAAACGCACCGUCCCGAAGAGCCCGGAGCAGUCGAGCGACAUUCCAGAGUCGGUCCCGUACCUGCUGAUAGGGGGCGGGACGGCCUCGUUCGCUGCGUUCCGCGCCAUCAAGUCCAGCGACCCCAAGGCCAAGGUGCUGGUGGUGUCGAGCGACGCCCACCUGCCCCACAUGCGGCCGCCCCUGUCCAAGGAGAUGUGGCUGUCCGACGACGCCGCGGCCAGCAGCAAGCUCGUGUUCAAGCAGUGGAACGGAACCGAGCGCAGCAUCUUCUACGAGCCGGAGGAGUUCUACUCGGACUGCAAGCAGCUCAUGGGCAGCGAGAACGGCGGGGUGGCGGUGGCCCGCGGCUGGACCGUCAAGAAGAUAGACGUGGCGGGGAGGAAGGCCUAUCUCGAGGACGACUACGCCAUCAGCUACGACAAGUGUCUCAUCGCAACGGGAGCCUCCCCGAAGACGCUGCCGCUGCUGGAGGCGGCCCCCGCGGCGGUGCAGGAGAGGGUGAGCACCUUCCGCUCCAUCGGCGACUUCCAGGAGCUGGACCGGGCGCUGCGAGAGGGCGGGGUGCGCCGCGUGGUGGUGGUGGGAGGAGGCUUCCUGGGCAGCGAGCUGGCCUGCGCGCUGGCGAGACGCGCAGGCAAGCAGCCGGGCCUCAGCGUGACGCAGGUGUACCGGGAGCCCGGCAACAUGGCACGCGUGCUGCCGGCGUACCUGAGCCGCUGGACCACGGCCAAGGUCAGGGCGGAGGGGGUGGAGGUGAUCCCGGGGGCCAGCGUGGACGCGGUGCGGGUCGAGGCGGGGUCCCUGGUGCUGGCGCUCAGCAACGGCACCGAGGUGCGUGCGGACCGCGUGGUGCUGGCGGUGGGCGUGGCCCCCAACACGCAGCUGGCCGCCUCCUCCGGCCUCGAGGUGCACCCGGCGCUGGGCGGCUUCCUCGUCAACACGGAGCUGCUGGCCCGCUCCGACCUCUGGGCGGCCGGGGACUGCACGUGCUUCUACGACGAGCAGCUGGGACGCCGCCGGGUGGAGCACCACGACCACGCCGUGGUGUCCGGCCGCCUGGCGGGGGAGAACAUGACUGGGGCCGGUAAGCCCUACUGGCACCAGUCCAUGUUCUGGUCGGACCUGGGGCCGGACGUGGGCUACGAAGCCAUCGGCCUGGUGGACUCGUCGCUGCCCACCGUGGGCGUGUUCGCCGCUGCCACGGCCGAGGACUCCCCGCGAGCUGUGGUCACCGCCUCCGACGAUGGCAUCCGUUCCGCCACGGAGGCCGUACAGGCUGCCGCGCCGACCACGCCCCCCGCCGCGCCGACCACGGAGGAGUACGGGAAGGGAGUCGUGUUCUACCUGAGGGACAGCGCUGUCGUGGGCAUCCUCCUGUGGAACGUCUUCAACCGCAUGUCCGUGGCCCGCCAGGUAUUAAAAUCUGGGAAGACUUAUGAAGACUUGAAUGAAGUAGCGAAGCUGUUCGAUAUUCACAGGGAAUGAGUUCAACUGGAACAUAGCUCGAGGAAUCCUGAAAGCGCUGUUAGUUCGCCAGGAAACAUAUUGUAAAUUUUGCUGUAUAUUUUCAGAUAACAGUUGAUUUGUAGUCCCACAGAGACUGCACUCACAACUCCAAUAAAAUUACUUUUCUUAAU